AUGGCAGCUUCAGAUGGCCUGAAAACCCUGGCCAAGACAACCAGUGGUUGCUGUAAAGGUCCGGGAUAUGCCAGCCCAGCAGAUGCCAUGAAGAAUGGGCCCCGAGAGAAGAUCGUCUAUCUGCCAUGUAUCGUGCCUCCUCAUUUGAAGAAGAAGAAGCCGGAUUAUCUGGCCACCGUGGAUAUUGAUCCUGACUCACCCACCUUUUGCAAGGUCAUUCAUCGGCUAAUGAUGCCUUAUAUGGGGGAUGAACUUCAUCAUUCCGGAUGGAACGCUUGUUCUAGUUGUCACGACGACCCAUCCAGGAGCCGCAAUCGAUUAAUACUCCCAGCGUUAAACAGUGAUCGAAUCUACAUCGUAGAUGUCGGGACAGAUCCACGGGAGCCAAGGUUUCAUAAGAUAGUUGAGCCUGUUGAUGUUCACAGGCUGACAGGGCUAGGAGCUCCCCAUACCACACAUUGCCUUGCCAGUGGGGAAGUUAUGAUCAGCUGCAUUGGAGACUCCGAGGGCAACAACACAAAGAGUGGCUUUAUUGUUCUGGAUGGCAAGGAUUUCAGUAUUAAAGAAAACUGGGAGAAAAGUCACAUCAACAUUGGUUACGAUUACUGGUAUCAGCCCAGGCAUGAUGUCAUGAUCAGCACAGAGUGGGGUGCCCCAAGAGCCUGGAGAAAUGGGUUCAAACUUCAAGAUGUGGCUGAAGGGCUCUACGGUAACAGCCUUCACGUCUGGCAAUGGUCAACCCACAAGAAAAUACAAACACUGGAUCUUGGUUCUGAGGGUGCCAUUCCUUUAGAAAUCAGAUUCCUGCAUGAUCCAGAUGCCACCACGGGUUAUGUGGGAUGUGCCCUUGGCUCCUCUGUGUUCAGAUUCUUCAAAACUCCUAAUGGAGAUUGGGACAAAGAGAAAGUUAUUCAAGUGCCACCCAAGAAUGUUGAAGGAUGGAUAUUGCCACAAAUGCCAGGUCUCAUCACUGACAUUCUCAUCUCCCUGGAUGACCGAUUCCUCUACUUCAGCAACUGGCUACAUGGAGACAUCCGGCAGUACGACAUCACCAAUAGAAGUCAGCCAAAACUGGUUGGCCAGGUUUUUCUGGGAGGUAGCAUUUUGGCUGAUGGCCCAGUCAAGGUCACUAAAGAUGUGGAACUUAAGAGCCAGCCAGAACCAGUGUAUGUGAAAGGAAAAAGACUUGAGGGAUCCCCCCAGAUGAUCCAACUCAGUCUGGAUGGCAAGCGUCUCUACGUCUCAAAUUCGUUAUUUUCUGCCUGGGACCAGCAGUUUUAUCCUGAGAUCUCCAAAUGUGGUGGAUGGAUGCUUCAAGUUGAUGUGGAUACUAAGAAAGGGGGACUUACUCUGAAUGAAAAUUUCUUGAUAGACUUUGGUGAAGAACCCUUUGGCCCAGUAGUUGGUCAUGAGAUCCGAUAUCCAGGGGGUGACUGCACAUCAGAUAUCUGGAUUUAG